UCAAUAUUAAUAUGAUUCCGCCAGUUGGACCCAGAACAAGAUCUCAACGACUCCUGGAAGAACCAGUAAUCGACUCUCGUCGAGUUUCCUUUGGAAAAGGUCGUGGUACGUUGUCAUCAAACACCUUAGUGGAUCCCGGAACUAAUGUUGAACAGAGACCCUUGGGGGAGCGUACUCAAACACCUAGGUCAGGUGUAACGCCUGUACCUCCGGGGGAGACGACUCAAAUACACCCGGGUCUCAACCAACAAAGACUCUUGGAGGAGCGUUCUCAAAUACCCAGGUCGAGCUUAAUGCCUGUACCUCAGGGGGAGACGACUCAAUCAUACCCGGGUCAGAAUCAACAAGGCUCUACUGUAGUGACUCAAUUACCCAGGUCGAGCUUAAUGCUUGUACCUCAGGGGGAGUCAACACAGCUAAACACGGCUCUCGGUCAACAAAGCUCUACAGGAAACACACAACUAGUUCAAAACAGUCAAAGAAUAUCCAUCGGCACAAAUCCUGGUACCAGUGGUACAGCAUCUGCUCCGGUUAACUCUCGUACGUCAAGAUACAAGGUAGCGCGCAAGUUUCCCACGUGCUUACCAGAACAUGUUAUUAAUCAGGGAAACAAAUCACACAACUCUGAAAUUGAUACCCGUCUGGACCCACCUAAGUUCGGGCCAGAAAGGGGUAAUUCCGACAACAAGUCUGUCACAGACAAUUCUGAAAUCAAUACCCGUCUGGAUACACCCACUCUUGGGCCAGAAAGGGGCAAAGCAAACAAAAUGCUUAUUUCAGACAAUUGUAAAAGUGACACCCGUCUGGAUAUACCCACUCUUGGGCCAGAAAGGGGCAAAGCAAACAAAAUGCUUAUUUCAGACAAUUGUAAAAGUGACACCCGUCUGGAUACACCCACUCUUGGGCCAGAAAGGGGCAAAGCAAACAAAAUGCUUAUCUCAGACAAUUGUAAAAAUGACACCCGUCUGGAUAUACCCACUCCUGGGCCAGAAAGGGAUAAAACAAGCAAUAUGUUUGUUUCACACGACGUAGACAAGGAUACCCGUCUGGAUACACCAACUUGUGGGCCAGGAAGGAGAAAAUCAAACAAUUUAUUUGAUUCUGACUCUGAAAACAAUAUACAAGGGACACAACGUGGGAAACCACCCUGUCCAAAGGAGGUGUUGAGAGUAAUUGCACUGUUAGAAGACCCUCCAUCGGAUUUAUCUGAUGAUGUACUCCACCCUUGUAUAUUUGAUUUACAGCAACAGACUGAUGACAACUCAGAGCCUGAACAAGCAUCAGACUCUGAGUGGGAAGAUGAAGUCGAAACACUCUGUGAACCAGCAGUAUCUCAACCAGCAGUUCCUACAAAAGCCUAUAAGACAUCACAAGCUUCGAAACAUCCAAAAAAUUUUUCUGAUUGGAAAAUCUUGGAGGAUCAUCUUUAUUAUAGGAGACCCGAUCCCCUUAAGGAGAUCUUGGAAUGGGCCAAAAGAGUACAGCGUCUUGAUGAGCUCAGACAUAAAGUAGAAUCUGUUAUGAGAAAGGAAAAUGAGCGACAAGAGAAAUACCACGGAACUGAUUUAAAGAUCCCGGAGGUCGCUGUCGGUGACAAGGUCUAUUAUCCUAAUCGUAAACUGAGCAAUAAAGCGGCGGGGUACAGCGCGAGUCUUGGGUCCGUUAUUAGCCCGUUAGUCGUUGAAUUAAAAAAUGAACGCGGUAAAUUAUUAGGCCAACAUUAUAUACCCGACUCGAAGUUGCCACGUCAUAGUGAUCGAGUGAUGUGGAGAAUCUCCCAGGAGAUUAAGAACAGGCGAGAGAGUCGGCAGCGGCCAGACGCGGCUCAGGUCAACACCGGAGGAGUAAAGCCUGGAAUUAAUUCCGGGGCUGUUCAACGUGCCCUCCUCGCUGAGCUGCCGUCAGAAGCAGCAGUAACACCCAGGACAUCUGUUUUGUCUAGACUGGGACCGAUGGAACCUAGCUACGAUCCAUCCCCAGCAGUACUGACAUCCUCGGUCUUUGAUCGAUUGGGAGCUCUCCAGAUUGGAGAUGGACCAAAAGAGACCGAGGACGGUAAACACUCGGCGCCAGACCGGGCGAGAACCAGGCGAGCUAAUCGACGCCACGGAAGAGGACAUAAAAUCUGUACCGAGAUUUCAAAAUGGUGUGGGCUUAGCGGGAAUCAGAACAGGCUGAAUAGGCGCAGGUCAAAGUUUAACCUGUUGCUGGCCGACCCGACAACACCCAAGAACAUCUUGUGGAAAGCC